AUGCUCGCUGCUGCUGCUGCUGCUGCCGCUGCCGGAGCGCCGGCCGCUCCGCCCCGCGGCGGCCGGGGAGGGCGGGAGGAGAGGGAGCCGCUCGCCCGCGCCGCCGCCGCCGGAGAAGCCCUGCCCACCCCGGCGACGGUGGAGCUGGGGCGGGGCGCCUGCGCGAGGAGCCGGCUCCGCCGCCGGAUUGGCUGGGCGCAUCGCACGGCCGGGGCUGCGCGCGGUGGGCGGGCUCGGAGCCGUGUAACGGGCGGGCCGGUAACGGCUCCUCGCGCCCCCAGCGCCGGGGCCGAGGGGGAAUCGGGGAGAGCCGGCGGCGGGGGGACCCCGGAGCUGUGGUGCCCGCCCCGAGCCCAAGCUCUCGCUGUCGCCUCGGCUUCGGCGCGAUCGCCCCUCUCGGGUGUCUUCGGCGUGGCUGCGUGGUUUUCGCGUGCCCGGGGUCUUCUGCUUAAUUCGAGGCAGUCAGUGAGAGGGCAGCUCCUUUUUGCCUUCCCGCUACCUGUGCCCCAUAAGCAGCACCAGCAGGAUGAAGUUACACUGAAACAUAUAAGCGGUCAGGAAGUUUUAAAUACUACUUUUCUGGUCUUCGUCACAAUUCAGAAAAAGACAAGACUAAAGCUGAGGAGGAGGGUUAGCACCUGCUGCUCCUUUACCUUCGGGAGCCUGCCGGUUCAACACCUAGCGUAUUCAGUCAUGCCUCUGAAACUUGUUAGGCGUGCAAAUUCGAUGUUUUUACAUUAGUAUGUUAAUUUUCCUCUCACGCCCACCUAAAAAUAUUAGUAGCAUAAUGUAAACUAACUGCACUUUUAUGUUUCUCGCAAUACACAUUUUUAAAGAAAUGUAGCAGCUAGAAGUACUCAUUUCAACUCCAAAAUACCUUCAAGAUAGAGCUCUUAGACUG